AUGAGCGAUGAAAUUUCAAAUGUUUUAUUAAAAAGAAAGAGAAAUGAUGAAGAGGUUAUUUCAAUUCAAGAUGCCUUAAAUGAUCAGCUAGAGGAAGAAAAAAAUUUAAUAGAAGAAGCAAAGAGACAAGAGGAAGAAGAUUGGGGUGACGAGAAUUGUUGUUCUUUUGAAAAAGGUUAUAUAAAUCAAUCUGUUUUUGCAUGUAGAACAUGUUCAACCGAUGAUAGAUUAUUUGGAUUCUGUUAUGGUUGCAGUAUGCACUGUCAUUUAUAUCAUGAUAUUUAUGAAUUGUUUCAUAAAAAAGAUUUUAGAUGUGAUUGCGGUACAUUGGUUCAGCAACCAAAAGAGGGUGAUCAAAAAAAAGAAUUCUUAUGUCAAUUAGCACCAAUUUCAAAAGAUGAAAAUGGGGAACAAAUUGUCAAAAAAGAAAUAUUAAAUUCAAAAAAUCAAUACAACCAUAAUUUUAAAGGAAAAUAUUGUUAUUGUGAUAGUGUUUAUGAUUAUAAGGAGGAUAUGAUUCAAUGUAUUCUAUGCAUGGAUUGGUUCCACGAACAAUGUUUAAAAUUGAAUUCAAAAGUUUCAGAUAUUCCAAGUGUCGAUGAAUUUUCAGAUUUAAUUUGCUCGGAUUGUGUUAAGAAAUUCAAUUUUUUACAAUAUUAUCCAUACAUUAGAGUUUAUAUAGUAAAUGACCAUAUAGUUAUUGAUGAUCCACCAAAAGCAGAUAUUGAAAAUAAAACAACAGUAACAACAACAACAACAACAACAACAAAAACAACAACAACAACAACAACCACAGCAACAGAAGCAACGACAACAUCAUCAGAAAAUAUUACAGGAUCAGGUUUGGAUUUAGUAACACCUCCACUCAAUAUAACUUCAGCCAAUACAACAUCAGAAUCAACUAUAAAUAAAUUAUCAGUAAAUUCAAAUAGGUGCAAGAAAUCAUUAAUUGGUCCAAAUAGUUUAUUUUCAGGUGAUUUGUUUUGUAAAGAAAAUUGGACAAGUGAUUUGUGUCAAUGUGGCGAUUGUAAAAUAUAUUAUAAAGAAAAUAAAUUAGAAUUUUUAUUUGAAGGUGAUUCAAAUACUAUAUCUCAUAGGGAGAGUUUAGAAUCUUCAGUUGAGGGUGAUAAGGAUAUUUUUAAUAAAACUCAAGAUACUUUCGAAAAAAUUGUUCCAUUGCAACAACAAAGAGCGUUAUUGGAGGGUUAUAGCAACAUGAAAGAAAAAUUAAAAGAUUUCUUUUCAAAAAAAGCAGAUACAAAUCAAGUUAUUACGAAACAAAGAUUUGAAUGUAAAUAA